UCCUUCACAGUUCACACCAUUAUCAUUGUUAAAAAUUGACCAUUCUAGACAGAUAACUGUUUUCUUUAUGUUAAAUUAUAUAUUAUUUUAUGUUGUGUUUUGGUACCAAUUUGGAGAUAUUCUCAUUCUAGGGGGGGUGUCUAUCUCUAUCUGCAGCAAGCGGUUGACCAGUUCCAUACCAAAUGGAGAAGUUUUAGCUGUUUUUUAAUUUUUUUCCAACACAAGGUUCAAUUAGGAAUGGUAUCUCCUUCAGAACAAUGAUUGACAUAUAUGGAAGGAGGUGCCAACUACCACAAAGGAAGGAAUUCAAAGUAGAGGGAGAUGGACAACACCUUCAAGUAACCAAGUCAUCUUUCUGUUUCUUGAGUAGCUUCCAAGGCUUGUUGUUCCCUAUUCUCUCUUCUCGAGUCUCUUGACAGAAACAAGUACCACCCCACCAUGGAAAGUCCUGCUAGAUACAAAUUUUCAGUGAUCUUAUCCAUCAUAAUCUCUCUUUUGCUUGGCUUAGUUUCCUUCAUCUUGUGUAUAGUCUCUGAGUUUAAGAGGAACAAGAAGGAAGAUCUUAGAUGGAAUGGGAAACUAUGCUAUUUGCCAUCAAGCCAAGCAUUUGGAUUGGGAAUUGCAGCUCUGGUUAGCUUCUUUGUGGCCCAGGUCAUUGUCAAUUCCAUAUUAUUCAAGAAUUCUUGCUCAGGAGGGAAAAGAAAUGCACAGCACAAGAUACCUACUGUUGCUAGGCUUCUGCUUUUGAUCUCUUGGGUUGGCUUUGGAGUUGCUGUGAUUUUAUUAAUUACAGCCACAAGCAUGAACAGAAGGCAGCCCUAUGGGCUGGGGUGGUUGAAUGGUGAGUGCUAUCUAGUCAAAGAGGGGACUUACGCUGGCUCAGCCAUAUUGAUCCUAGUUACAAUAAGUUCAGUAAUUGGUUCAGCUUUGUUGACAAUAAAGACCAACCAAGCAGACCAGGGUCGCAAAAUACACACUAUGGGGUGAAAGAAAGUGAAACAAUAGAGAAGUAGAGAUUAACACAUAGAAAUUAUACAGUUACAUGCAAACAGAGACAGUCUUUUGAUACAAACCAUGAAGAAGGUACAAAAUGGAUUGAAGACCUUCAACUACACCUACAAAGAAGCCUUACAAGUUGCAGAGGGAAAGAUCUAAGGCCUUCAACCUCAGAACAACAAGAGGCUUCCAAAGGAAUAAUAAUUUUUUAAGAGUUUGUUAAGUAAAAGAAGGUGCAAUUUGCAAAGGAAUAACUUUAUUUUUCAACUCACACGAAACAACAACAGUGACUUUAUAUGAGGUAGCAACUGCCUCAUAUAGGAACCUGUUUUGGUUCCCACCUGUUUAGAUUAAUAAUUUUUUUGUAUAUUUCUUUAUCAACUGUCCAGUUGCAUUCAUUGUUUUAUUUAAUUUUAAACACCAAGAGUCGCAGGCCACGCAAGGAAUGAUAAUUUUGCCAAAAAAUAAGACAGUCUAGGAACUAGGCCAGAUCAUAUGUCUUUUGAAAUGAUGCCUGGGCCCUAGUCAGCAUAAUAAAAAUCAAUUCUCAAUCUCAA